CUUCCACCUUGGAGAAAGGGUAACCAGAAGUGAAGCUCUACAAAAUCAGGUGGCACCAUAGGUUUUGUCUAUUCACCAGCGAGACAUGGCUGAACGAGUCGAAUGCACUGUUCCAUCGACCGCUCUGCCCAUUAUCUCGCGCGAUUUGAAAGCAGGAGAGUCCUAUGUCUGGUUUGUGAAUGCGCUCUUUUUAUCAAGCACCGCCGUCCAGCCUCUCUAUGGACAAUUGGCCGACGUCUUCGGUCGGCGCUGGCCCUUGAUCUCUGCCGUUGUUUUCUUUGCUCUAGGUAGUGGAAUCAGCGGCGGUGCCAGUUCGACCGCGAUGCUGAUUGCCGGGCGCACAAUUCAAGGCGUGGGCCUCGGAGGCGUCAACAUGCUCAUCGACGUGGUCGUCUGUGAUCUCGUUCCCUUGCGAGAACGAGGCCAAGUGACCGCGCUAAUCUUCAUCGUGUUCAGCCACGUCACUUGGCGGUGGUCGUUUUACAUCGGCCUUCCAAUCUCCGGGCUCACGAUCGUGUUCAUGGUCCUCUUUCUCCGGGUCGAAUACCCGAAACACACCACCUUCGCGGAGAAAUUGAAGCGCAUCGACUGGCUAGGCAACACCGUGCUGGUUGCCUCGGUGGUAGCGGUUCUCAUCGCGCUCAGCUUCGGCGGCACCUCGUACAACUGGUCAAGCUGGCAUGUCCUCGUGCCGUUGGUGGUGGGAUUCGUCGGCCUGAUCGCCUUCGCCCUGGUGCAGGUGACGCCCCAGCUCUGUCCGGAGCCGACCAUGCCCCCUCGCCUCUUCGCAAACCGCAUUUCGGUGGCGGCGUUCGUCAUCAGCUUUCUGCAUGGGAUGCUCAUGUACUGGCAGCUGUACUUCCUACCGGUGUACUUCCAAGGGGUCCAGCUGAGCACGUCCACCCGGUCCGGGGUGCAAGUGUUGCCUACCGUGAUCGCCUGCGUCCCCGCCGCCAUCGUCGCCGGCGGCCUCGUCACCAAGACCAGUCGAUACAAGCCCGUGCAGAUCAGCGGAUUUACCCUGAUAGCCCUCAGCAUGGGCCUCUUCAGCCUCCUCGACCGGACCUCCAGCACCGGGGCCUGGGUGGGCUUCCAACUGCUGGCAGCCAUCGGCUCGGGUUUCAUCGUCACGUCAACCCUGCCGGCUGCCCAGGCUGUGUUGGCUGAGGCUGACGUCGCCGCCUUGACCGCAACCUGGGCCUUUUGCCGGGCGUUCGGCGCCGUCUGGGGCGUCUCCAUUCCGGCUGCCAUCUUCAACAAUCAGUUUGCCGCGCGGCUCCGCGCGCAAAAUUAUUCGACACUCACAUCGCUGCUGCAAAACACUGGCAAUGCGUAUCAAGAAGCGUCUCGGGAAUUUGUCAUGCAGUUUCCGGCCGCGGUCCAACCAAUAAUUAUUGAUGCGUACACUGUGGCGUUGCAGCGAGUCUGGCAGAUUUCCGUCGUGUUUGCUGGGUUGGGGUUCUUGAUUGCAUGGCUGGAAAAGGAGGUGGAAUUGCGGACGACGCUGGAGACGGAAUACGGACAGGAAAAGAAAGAGUCAUUGCCGGAGGUAGAGGUUGUCAUGCCCAAGUGA